AAGUAAAUAUUUUCAAACACGGAAGUGAUCAAAGCGCAUGUGUCGUGAUUUGUAAAUAAGGUGGUGACCAACUCAUCAAUAUUUUAAGAAUUACAUGUCAUUUCAAACACGAUUCAAAUAAAAAUGGCAGACCAAGAGCAAAAGGCUUUACAGUUUGUAGAAGAAGCGGAGAAAAAAUUAAAAUCGUCUAAAGGAUUUUUCGCAUCAGUGUUUGGUGGAGGUAGUAAAGUUGAAGAGGCUGCAGAACUGUUUGUUAGGGGUGCAAAUGCCUUUAAGAUGGCUAAAAAAUGGCCAGGUGCCGGCCAGUGCUUUUGUAGAGCAGCUGAGUUACAGUUACAACUUGGGAGUAAACAUGAGGCAGCCACACAUUAUGUUGAUGCUGGAGGGGCUUACAAAAAAGCUGAUCCACAAGAGGCUGUGAAUUGUUUAAGCAAGGCCAUUGAAAUAUACACUGAUAUGGGUAGAUUUAAUAUAGCAGCUAAACAUCAUGUUACUAUAGCAGAGAUUUACGAGUCAGAGUUAGCAGAUAUGGAUAAAGCAAUUUCUAGUUACCAGCAAGCAGCAGAUUACUACAAGGGAGAGGAAUCAAACAGCUCAGCUAACAAAUGUUUACUAAAGGUAGCCCAGUAUGCUGCACAGUUAGAGAGAUAUGACAGAGCUAUUGAAAUAUAUGAAGAGGUGGCAAUGUCAUGUAUGGACAAUUCAUUACUGAAAUACAGUGCCAAAGAUCACUUUUUUAGAGCUGCUGUAUGCCAUCUUUGUAUAGAUGUGCUUAAUGCUCAGCAAAAUCUACAAAAAUAUGAGGACCUUUUCCCAGCAUUCUCAGAUGCUAGAGAGUGUAAAUUAUUAAAGACGUUAACACAAGCAUGCGAGGAUGAAGAUGCUGAUGCUUUUACCGAUGCAAUAAAAGAAUAUGAUACAAUAUCUCGACUAGACCAAUGGACUACUACAAUGUUACUGCGUGUGAAAAAGAGGAUAAAUAACGAUGACUUGAAAUAAAACCUGAACAUUGAACCAAUUUAAAGACUAAAAGAUGGUUGAUUUGUAAAUUUAUGAAAUAAUUUAUAAUAUAAAAAUUUGUCUAUAAAUGUUUAAAGUAAUAUGGCAAUGUGAAUAUGAUUUUCCAGAUAUACACUGUACACUAUAUAAACAGGUGGUUGGAGGGUCGUGAGAGAUGUUAUUGUAAGUGUUGAGUUAUCGCGGUUGUUGUUUAUUUGUUUUGACUGUACAGGACUGAUGUCGUGAACUUCCAUUAAUUAUAAUGUGUUUUUGGAGAAGGAGAAGAUAGACUAGUGUGAGAGCUUGUCAUAAAACAUUAUAACAUCCUUCUGUUUAAAAUAAUCUUUAACAUAAAAUUUUGCUUUUUUUUUUACUUUUUUUUCUUGUUCCUGAAACUAUCAAUUUGUUAAAAUUUUAAUUUACAUUGUAGUUAAUCUUUAGAAUUUUUAUAUUAAAUAUUUUGUAGUGAUUUAAGAUUUUUGAAUACCAGCUAGUAAAAAACGUUGAUAUUAUUUUGAUUAUUCCAGGAAUGUAACAUUGUAACUAUGUCAACCACAAAACCUUUUUUUAAACAAAUUUAAUACAAAUUAGUAUGGCAUGUUACCUGUAACAGAUAAAAAUCUAAUCAUUUGAUGAAAUUAACAUUCAUAAUGCUUGAAUGGAAAGGGAAACACUUUUUGUGUCGAAGAAUUUUUGAUAAUUAUCUGGAGUCAACAGUAAAUGUGCAUACUUGAACUAUAACAAUUGGCAAAGAGAUAUAAAUUAAGUUUGCAAAUUUUUUUUAGAAAUUAAUAACUUUUACGGGAGUAAGGUGUUUAUAAAAUUGUGAUUGAAUUUUUCAUUUUGCAUUUGGCAUAUAAUAUCAACUUGCAAAAAUUUGGUAAUUGUAUAUUCUGUUUUGUAUAUUAUUAAAUAUUGAAUGCUUCUUGUGUGCAAUAUUCACAUUGAUUAAUGAUAAUUAAACAGUGUUGUGUAUACAACAGCAGAUGUAGAUGUAUAUAAGACUAUGUGAAAUUGAUAGUUCACCUUAAUGCAUUUUCCCCUGAUAAAACCUGUGUUUGUUUGUGUCACGAUACAGUGUAAAGAACAUUAUUUGAUCUACCUGUAUUGUGUUUUGGUUAUACCAAAAUGUUCACAGGGGAGUAGAGAAAUGUAUCAGCAUUGCUCUGGUUUUGUAAAGGAAAUGUAAAAGUAUAAUAGUUUAAAUAAAUAAAGGAAAAUUUACUAAGUUAAAUGAAGUUUUAAUUUGACAGGGGGAGAAAUCACAAUUUUUUUACAUUAAACUUUCAAAAUGUCUUACUUUGUAAGAAAAGUGCUAAUUUUGCUAUUUUAUACAUGUAUCACUUUGUAUAUGUAAGUUUCAUAAAUAGCCUUUUAUGUGGUUAGGAUUUGACUGAUAUGAACACUAAAUUCUUCUUAUUUGGUUAUAGGAAUAUGAGGUGUUAAAACUGUUUUUUUAUACUUUACUUUAAUGCACUAUUAUGCUUAGUUGUCUGACAAGUGUUUAAAAGAAUAUUGUGAACCUUUUUUUGCAGAAAGUCUCGUUUUUCUCCAUGUUUGUUGAUUAACAUACAUGUAUAAUAUUGUAACUAAACAUGUAAUUAUGUAGUUAGAAUUUUAUCUUAUGAUCAAAAGUCCUUUUCUUUAUUUAUGGCAGACUAAAUUUUGUUAUGUUCUCCUACUUUGAGCUGCUUUAAUAAGGACAGUAAUGAAAUAUGACAAAAUAUUAAUUGUUUAGACAUCUUUUUCUCUGAUUUAGUUUAUAUUUUGAGGUAAAGCAGCCAUUUUGUGGCCUUGACUUUGGUACAUGCUAGUCAGUUUAUUAAGAUGUUUUGUUUUGUUUCCUGUAGUAACCUCACUCUUGGACUUGCUGCAUUUUGUUAAAUAACAUAUGAAAUAUAUACAUAUAUAGGCUCUUGACUUGGUAAUUUGUUAGGUAAAGAAUCGUCUCAUUUUGUAAAUUAAGUAUCAUAAUUAUUUCUAAUUAGAUAACACUGCAUUAAAGUUAAAAUCAUUGUCAUGGAAGUUUUUUUUCUUAAACAAUUGAUAAUUCCCUGUAUAACAAAGGUCAUAGUCCAAAAAUUAUUUGUUUACAUGAUACACAACUGAGUCUGUCAAAAUUUAAAGUAUAUCAUAGUUUACAGAACUGAAUGUGUUCUUAAAGAUUCUGACAAGAUUUAAAUGGCAUUGCAUCAAUUGAUAGGUUGGGAGUAUGUGAUUAAUAACCUAUCCAUCUGUCUGUCUGUCAACAGUCUUAGCACAAUUAUGUUUUUAUUUAGUAGGCUAGAACUUAGGCUUAAUAUACUUCUGACUGAGAGGUUGACUUCAACUCUCAGAAAUUUGUCUUUGAUCUCUAAUUCUCUAAUUGACCUUUAUCUUCAGUGUCAAAAUUAGAAACAUAAUUAGGAUGGAGCAGUUAGGUUUAUUAGGUUUUAUGAGCACAUCUUGUGUUCUUUUUCUGUUAUUGUGGAAUGAAUUUGUGCCUCACUACCUCUGUAUUGUAAGGAAAGUUAAGGUUGUGUUACUGCAAAACAAACAUUUUUUGGAUGACCCUAACAUUCCAAUUCAGUGUUGUCCCCUUACCCAAAAAUGAAAAACAAUCUGAAACCAUUAUGUAACUUUAUGCUAAUUGAGAGAGUGUAUAUUGUUAUUAUUGUAAGACAAUACUCCAUGUUUGGUGGUUUGUUUUAAAGAUUUAUUAAAAAAUUCUUGUACAUAAAAGUAAGAUAAAUUUUUUGGUUAAUUCCUUGCUUGAAAGUUGUUUGAGCACUGAUUUCAAAACAGUUCACCUACAGACUGUACCUUGUGUAUAGAUCUUCUUAAAGCAGCAUGCCUCCAGAUUCAUGCUAUUUUCCAUGGAAAUUUUAAUUUUAAAAAUGUAUUUAAAAGUAAAAUAUUAUGAAGUGAACAAAGAAAGUAUUUUACACCUUGCAAACAUCACUUACAGUUCACUUGAAUUACCAAAAAGAGGUCAAAAUAUGCAAAAAUAGCCCUUACUGUGUUAGUCAGGCAGUAGAAAUAUGGUUGUAGAUACUGUAAAAUCAGUCUUAAUCGCACAUUACAUGUAAAUGUUUACUUGAAUAUUUUUAUUUUCUCAAAUAUUAGUACAUUUUGUUUUCUUUGAAUAUUUUGUCUCAUCUGGAGACAUGCAGCUUUAAAGUAUAUGUAUAACGUGAAUGUUGUUAUUGUAUAUUUAAAAGUGACAUCAUGUUUCAAAAUUCUGUAAUAAUUUCUUCCAAUUUAUCAAAUAUGAAGUUUAUAUAACAUUUAAAAGUAUUUUGAAAAAAGAGUUUUAGAAAGUUAAGAGAUGGCUAGCACAUCAGAGAUUUACAUGAAACUUGAACAAGUUUGAUCUUGAUAUGAAAUAGCAAACUUUAUACAUGUAUUAUACCCAUAUUUAAUGUGAAAUUCAUAUUUUAUCAAAAUCAUUGAUAUGGUUAAAUGUUUGUGUCUAUAUACCAGUAUAACAUUAUUUUGUGUGUGGUAAAAUUAACGUUUUCAGUGCUACAUUAUAAAUUAUUGACCUUUAUCCAGAUAGAAAUAGUACUGUUGUUAUGCAACUUUUUUUCACAUUGAAUUUUAAUAAAUGUUAGUAUAUUAAG